GAAAACAGAGAAAAAGAGCUUGGCACUCUCUGUUUCCAAGGGGCGUCAGAGACAAGUGAAGGGUCCAAACUGAGAACAACCCGACCGAGUCCUCCAAGUCAUCCGAUGAAGCUUUACGCAUCAAGCCCCUGAGAUUUUUACAUAUAGGGAAGAGAUCCUUAAACACUUCUCGCACUUGUCGAGUUCAAAAUGGAAGGUGUGGAUAUUUACAGAGCGAGUAGGAGCCUCCGGGCAAACAGUACUUCGAUGUGGAGGAGCACUGUGUCGGAGGCGUUCUCAAUAUCGUCACGCGAAGAAAAUGAUGAGGAAGCUCUGACAUGGGCUGCACUGGAGAAGCUUCCCACUUUCGAUCGUUUGAGGAGAGGAAUUUUGACGUCGGCACUUGGCGGAGCCAGUGAAGUCGGCAUCAAUGAUCUCGGGGCUCAUGAAAGGAGGAACCUGAUGGAGAGGCUGGUGAGGGUUGCGGAGGAAGACAACGAGAAGUUCCUGAUGAAGUUCAAGAACAGACUUGACAGAGUUGGGAUCAAAUUGCCAACAAUUGAAGUCAGGUUCGAGCAUCUGAACGUCGGGGCCGAUGCUUAUGUAGGAAGCCGAGCUUUGCCUACUUUUGCUAAUUUCACUGCUAACAUUGUGGAGGGCUUUUUGAAUUUCUUCCAUGUACUACCAAGCAAGAAAAAACGUCUCUGUGUCCUUCAGGACAUUAGCGGGAUAAUCAAGCCUUGCCGGAUGACAUUGCUACUAGGCCCUCCGAGUUCAGGGAAGACUACUCUCUUAUUGGCCUUGGCAGGAAAGCUCGAUCCCGAAUUAAAGACUUCGGGAACAGUUACUUACAAUGGUCAUGGCCUAAACGAGUUUGUGCCUCAAAGAACUGCUGCCUACAUCAGUCAACAUGACCUGCAUAUUGGAGAGAUGACUGUCAGAGAAACUCUGGCUUUCUCUGCAAGAUGUCAAGGAGUUGGGACCCGAUAUGAUAUGUUAGCGGAGUUGAUAAGAAGAGAGAAAGCCGCCGGUAUAAUACCGGAUUCUGAUCUUGAUAUGUACAUGAAGGCUUCAGCAACGGAAGGUCAAGAGGCGAAUAUCAUCACAGAUUACAUUCUCAAGAUUCUAGGACUGGAAGUAUGUGCAGAUACGAUGGUUGGGAAUGAAAUGCUACGAGGCAUCUCUGGCGGACAAAGAAAACGGGUCACCACAGGUGAGAUGCUUGUGGGACCGGCGAAGGCUCUAUUCAUGGAUGAGAUAUCGACUGGUCUAGACAGUUCGACAACCUACCAACUUGUCAACUCGAUCAGACAAUCUGUCCACAUCCUCGAUGGAACUGCUCUCAUCUCCCUGCUGCAGCCGGCUCCUGAGACUUACGAUCUCUUUGAUGACAUCAUUCUCCUUUCCGAUGGUCAAAUUGUUUAUCAGGGUCCCCGUGAGCUAGUCCUUGAUUUCUUUGAGUCCAUGGGCUUCAGGUGUCCUGAGAGAAAAGGAGUGGCUGAUUUCUUGCAAGAGGUAACAUCGAGGAAGGAUCAGCAGCAGUACUGGGCUCGCAAAGACGAGCCAUACAGUUUCAUCUCGGUUAAAGAAUUUGCUGAAGCAUUUCAAUCUUUCCAUGUGGGGAGGAAGCUCGGUGAGGAGCUUGCAACUGCAUACGAUCGCAGCAAGAACCACCCGGCCGCCUUGACAACCAAGAAGUAUGGUGUUGAGCAGAAGGAUCUCCUGAAAGCGUGCUUUUCUCGAGAACUCCUUCUCAUGAAGAGGAACUCAUUCGUCUAUAUCUUCAAGCUUGUUCAGAUUACAAUGGUGGCUCUGAUAACAAUGACGCUUUUCCUAAGGACCAAGAUGCACCGGGAUUCGGUAGCAGAUGGGGGAAUUUACGUGGGAGCUUUAUUCUUCACUGUGGUAAUGGCCUUGUACAAUGGAAUGGCCGAGCUCUCAAUGACCAUCGUGAAGCUCCCAGUGUUUUACAAGCAGCGGGACUUCCUCUUCUAUCCUGCCUGGGCCUAUGCUCUUCCCACAUGGAUCCCGAAGAUACCAAUCUCUUUCGUUGAAGCGGGCGUGUGGGUGUGCCUCACCUACUACGUAAUUGGAUAUGAUCCAAACAUCGAAAGAUUUUUCAGGCAUUACGUUGUGCUGGUGCUCAUAAACCAGAAAGCUUCUGCAUUGUUCCGCUUGAUAGCAGCAGUUGGCAGGAACAUGAUCAUCGCGAAUACCUUUGGCUCCUUUUCAAUUCUCACUCUCUUUGCAUUUAGCGGCGUCGUUCUUUCGAGAGUGGAUGUGAAGAAAUGGUGGAUAUGGGGCUACUGGUCAUCACCUCUGAUGUAUGGGCAGAACGCGAUAGUCGUGAACGAGUUCUUCGGAAAAAGCUGGAGCCAUAUUCCUCUGGGCACAAAUGAGACGCUAGGAAUUCAAGUCCUCAAAGCCCGGGGCUUCUUCCCGCAUGCGUAUUGGUACUGGAUAGGUGUUGGGGCUCUGAUCGGAUUCAUCUUACUUUUCAACCUCGUGUUUACUCUUGCUCUCACUUAUCUUAACCCAUAUGGAAAGCUUCAGGCUGUAAAGUCAGAGGAACCGACCAAUGAAGAUAAUGACCACAGAGUUGGAGGAUCAAUACAGAUGUCAGCCCGUGGAGAUGGGUCUAGUUGGAAAUCGAGAUCAGGUAAAGAAGAAAAAUUUGAGAACAGGAAAAGAGGAAUGGUUCUUCCCUAUGAGCAGCAUGCCAUAACUUUUAAUGACAUCACGUAUUCUGUUGAUAUGCCUCCGGAGAUGAAGAAUCAGGGAGUCCUAGAGGACAAACUGGUGCUCCUAAAAGGUGUGAGCGGUGCCUUUAGGCCCGGAGUCCUUACGGCCUUGAUGGGUGUGAGCGGUGCAGGCAAAACCACUCUAAUGGAUGUGCUUGCCGGUCGAAAAACCGGAGGAUACAUCGAUGGAAACAUAACUAUUUCUGGAUAUCCAAAGAAACAGGAAACUUUUGCUCGGAUUUCGGGUUAUUGUGAGCAGAAUGACAUCCACUCUCCUCAGGUCACAGUCUACGAGUCCUUGCUGUACUCUGCCUGGCUCCGUCUACCCCCUGAGGUCGACAGUUCAACCCGACAGAUGUUCAUUGAGGAAGUCAUGGAGCUUGUUGAGCUAAAUCCGUUGAGGCAAGCAUUGGUUGGUUUACCAGGCGUUAGUGGUCUUUCGACUGAACAGCGGAAGAGGCUGACAAUUGCAGUCGAACUGGUGGCAAACCCAUCCAUAAUUUUCAUGGAUGAGCCCACAUCAGGACUUGAUGCACGAGCAGCUGCUAUUGUUAUGAGAACAGUUCGGAACACAGUGGACACUGGAAGAACGGUCGUGUGCACAAUUCACCAGCCAAGCAUCGACAUUUUUGAAGCUUUUGAUGAGCUCUUCCUGAUGAAGAGAGGAGGUCAGGAGAUUUACGUCGGGCCAUUGGGCCGGCAUUCAUGCCAUCUGAUCAAGUACUUUGAGGGAAUCCAAGGAGUAAGUAAAAUCAGAGAUGGAUGCAACCCCGCAACAUGGAUGCUCGAAGUUACUAGCUCGGCGCAGGAGCUCGCUCUCGGGGUAGAUUUCACUGAUCUAUACCGUAACUCAGAUUCAUACAGGAGGAACAAGGCACUAAUCCAGGAGCUCAGUAGAACUCCUCCGGGCUCGAAAGAUCUGUACUUCCCGACCAAAUACUCUCAAUCGUUUUUCACUCAGUGCAUGGCCUGCCUGUGGAAGCAGCACUGGUCCUACUGGAGGAACCCAUCCUACACAGCGGUUCGGUUUCUCUUCACAACCUUCAUCGCCCUGAUGUUUGGUACCAUGUUCUGGGACCUCGGAUCCAAAACGAGUCGACAGCAAGAUCUGUUCAAUGCAAUGGGAUCAAUGUACACCGCGGUUCUCUUCCUGGGGAUCCAGAAUGCAGGGUCUGUACAGCCUGUAGUGGCGGUUGAGAGGACAGUGUUCUACAGAGAACGAGCUGCCGGAAUGUACUCUGCCCUUCCAUACGCGGUAUCGCAGGUGCUCAUUGAGCUACCUUAUAUAUUUGUUCAAACAUUGGUGUAUGGAGUCAUAACAUAUGCCAUGAUCCAAUUUGAGUGGAAAUUGGAGAAAUUCCUUUGGUACCUCUUCUUCAUGUACUUCACACUGUUGUACUUCACCUACUACGGGAUGAUGGCAGUAUCCAUGACCCCGGACCACUACAUUGCAGCAAUAGUCUCCUCCUUUUUCUAUGGCAUAUGGAAUGUUUUCUCGGGAUUUAUCAUCCCUAGACCGAGGAUGCCUAUCUGGUGGAGAUGGUACUUUUGGGCUUGCCCUGUGUCAUGGACCCUGUACGGAUUAGUCGUGUCGCAGUUCGGGGACUUAACAAACAAGCUCGACAAUGAUCAGACGGUGGAACAGUUCCUGAGAGACUACUUUGGAUUCAGAAACAACUUUUUGGGAGUGGUUGCGGCUGUGGUUAUCUGGUUCGUGGUUCUGUUCUCAUUCAUCUUUGCGUAUUGCAUCAAGACCCUCAACUUCCAAAGGCGAUAGAAUUACCAAUGAUAUUGCCCAUCUUCUUGAAAUUUUUUUGCAUCUCACCUAUGUUGAGCAUAGUCAUGGAGCAUGAAGCUCCAAACCUAUAGUUUAAGUGGUUCUUUUUCUUUUUCUUUUUUAUAUUUUUUUUGGUGCCUAGAAACAUUACAUUCCAAACGUCCAUAUUUAUGAGAGAGACCAAUUCCUCCGACCAAUUCCUGCGAAUUCUGCCGACCCACUCACUUGUGGCAAUCUUGUAAUUUCAAUAUAAAGCAGGGGCAUUUAUGAGAGGUUCGGCAGUACGGCGGAUGAAAAAGUCGGUGGAAAUAGCAUUUAUGUAUAUUUAUAGGGUAAAUUGAACCAGUGGUCCAAAAUGUUUUAUAAAUAUUUCAUGAUGGUUCAAAAAAUUUUUUUCGCUA